UUCUUAGUGCAUAGCAGAAGUUUAGUAGUUUGUCUUUAUUAUUAUAGCUUUUCCAUACAGGAAAAGGGUCUCUUCCCAUAAUUAGUUCUCCUAUUACAAGGGAAAGAGCUAAGAAGAUGAGUAUGGAAACUGCCUUAAGGAUGAUUUUCGUUGUGGUGUUUCUUGGGUGGCUCAUGGUUUGGGUUUUGUUACCAACAAAGACAUACAAACAAGCAUGGACUCCUAAGCUAAAAAUCAAGCUCAAUUCAACAUAUUUUGGAGAACAAGGAACGAAUCUUCUUCUUUUUACAUUUCCCAUGAUGUUCAUAGCAGCUUUGAGCUGUGUUUAUCUCCAUAUUCAGAAGAAACCAAAGAAUUUUAACUCGAAAAGUGUUGUUAAAAGCAAUCUUUUGGCCUUCUGGAGACGUCCACUGCUUGUGAUGGCUCCUCUGGGAAUUGUUACUGCAAUGGAGCUUGCCUUUGCAGCCAUGUUCGUUGCACUCUUAAUUUGGUCCCUAUCCAAUUACUUAUAUGUCAGCUUCGGUCACCUCCAUAUGCAUAAAGCAGGCGAGAAAGUGUGGCAAGCAAAGUUUCGAAGUGUAUCAUUGAGACUGGGGUAUGUUGGAAACAUAUGCUGGGCAUUUCUCUUCUUUCCAGUGAGUCGAGGGUCUUCAAUUUUGCCUCUUAUUGGACUCACAUCAGAGUCUAGCAUCAAGUAUCAUAUCUGGCUAGGUCAUCUUUCAAUGAUUCUUUUUGCUGCUCAUGCUAUAGGUUUCAUUAUCUACUGGGCAAUGACUAACCAAAUGGCUGAGAUGCUUCAAUGGAGAAAAAAUGAGGUACCAAAUGUAGCUGGGGAGAUUGCAAUUGUAUUUGCAAUGGCAAUGUGGGUGACAAGCUUUCCUCGUGUAAGGCGAAAGAUGUUUGAGGUUUUCUUCUAUACCCACCAUCUCUAUACACUCUAUAUCUUCUUCUAUGUACUGCAUGUAGGGUCUGCCUACUUUUGCAUGAUCCUUCCUGGUAUAUUCCUCUUCCUUGUCGAUCGGUUCUUGAGAUUCCUACAGUCCAGACAAAGAGCUAGGUUAGUCUCCGCUCGCCUUUUACCUAGUGGCAUUGUUGAACUGAACUUCUCCAAGAGCCAAGGAUUGACUUAUAAUCCCACAAGCACAUUGUUUAUAAAUGUGCCUAGCAUUUCCAAGCUUCAAUGGCACCCUUUCACAGUUACUUCUAAUUGUAACAUGGAGCCAGAUAGGCUUAGCAUUGUCAUCAAACGCGAAGGAAGGUGGUCUCAAAAGCUUUACCAAGAACUUUCUUCUUCUGUGGAUCACCUCAAUGUUUCUCUUGAAGGACCUUAUGGUCCUACUUCGUCUCCUUUCCUGAGGCACGAGUCCUUGGUGAUGGUGAGUGGAGGAAGUGGCAUUUCUCCUUUUAUCUCCAUAAUUCGUGAGAUUAUUUUCCGAAGCCAAAGUGCAAAUUUACAUAUUCCUCGAGUGCUCCUAAUUUGUGCAUUCAAGAACUCGGGGGAUCUCACCAUGCUAGAUCUCUUGCUUCCCAUCUCUGGCACACACACACAGAUUUCCAAAAUGCAGUUCCAAAUAGAAGCAUAUGUCACCAGAGAGAAUGAGCAGACUUUUACAGAUUCCCAAAAACUCCUCCAAACCAUUUGGUUCAAGUCAGACCCAUCAGACUCACCUGUUUCUGCAACUGUAGGCCCAAACAACUGGUUAUGGCUUGGUGCAAUAAUUUCAUCAUCAUUUGUCAUGUUUCUUCUCUUUUUAGGCAUUGUCACUCGUUACUACAUUUUUCCAAUUGAACACAAAACCAAUGAGACUUCCCAUUUCACCUCGAGAGCUCUUUGGGACAUGUUUUUGGUUUGUAUCUGCAUUUUUAUAGCUUCUAGUGCAAUCUUUCUUUGGUGCAAGAAACAAAAUGCCAUGGAAGUGAAGUCAAUCCUAAACUUGGAAGCGAAGCCAAUCCUAAACUUGGAAGCGCCAACACCAACAACUUCACCAGGUUCUCACUUUCAUGUUGCGGAUAGGGAGCUUGAAAGCCUUCCCCAUCAGUCCCUAGUUCAAGCGACCAAGGUGCAUUUUGGUUCAAGGCCUGAUCUUAAGAAAAUUCUAAGUGAGUGCAAAGGAUCGGAUAUUGGAGUCUUAGUUUGUGGUCCAAGGAAGAUGCGACAUGAAGUUGCCAAAAUUUGUUCAUCUGGGUUGGCAGAUAAGCUGCAUUUAGAGUCCAUCAGCUUUAACUGGUGAUGCAUUUGGAAGGUGAUUGUGUGACACAAUUUGUCUCUGCAUGAUAGCAUUGCAGAUAGUCUCUUUUACUGCAUGCUGAGGAUGCGAUGUUGGAGUCUUUAAGUAUGUGGCUAUUGUGACAUUUGCAAAUAUUUGUUCACCCUGUUUGGCGGAGAUGUGCACGUUUGUUUCAUUAGCCAGUGAUGAAUGUUAUUGUUUGAGGUUAAAACUGCGUAUGCGUUUUCAGUUUGUAUAUACCAUACUAUCAUGGGAACUCUUUUUGUAAAUCUUCAUUGUAAAGUAUUUAUACUAUUGUCUAUAUUUAUUCUA